AUGCCGCCAUUUCAAGCCUACAUCGUGACCCGCCGCGAUCUAAUCCACCACACCGACGAGGAAGGCCGCUAUCACAUCAUCGGCGUCUUCGCCACACGCAAAGCAGCAAUCAAGCGCGCAAAACAACAUGUGAGAGAAGAGUUGGAGCGCGUGGGCGGGACUUCGGAGCGUUUUGAUGCGAGAACGGAGUAUGCGUGUGCGAUUCGUCCAAGGAGGAUCGAGGAGUUUCAGUUGAAUGUCGAGGUUGAAGCGUUUCUGUUUGAGGAUGGAGCCGAUCGAUCGACGACGACGAUGAGGAUGAGGAUGAAGAUGAGAUUGAUCAGUAUGAAGAGGAUGAAGAGCACGAAGAGAGAAGUGUCGUCGAGCUCCCCGAUUCAAGCGAAGAUGGUUCAGAGGAGUACAACUGUGAGAUUCAAUGGAGAAAGCCGAAACGCUUGUGGAGUGACGUUGAGGACGACGAACAGAAUGAGGAGGAGGUGGAUGAGGAAGAGGAAGAAGAGUAAGAGUUCAUCAGAGCAGUCGAGAAUGGUGUUGACGGUGGAGGAUCAGGCGACUUGA